CCAUCAGACGACUUUCGUUGCAACUCCCCGAUCUACAUCGAUAAUCUAUUCCUAUAAAUUCUUGAAUUUAGAAGCUAAACAUCAUCCCUCACCAAAGCAUAGCAAAGAAAAUUGUGUGUGAUAUGGAUACCCACUAUCACCCCAGUAUUGCUCACUAUUUCCUUCUUUUUCUUUUGACCUCUUCCUACAUGCAGAGUACUACUAAACUCUGUUUCUGUUUGGCCGGUGGUGCACUUUCAAGCAGUGUGAAAACAAAUCCAUGCAUCGACGAAGAAAGACAAGCGCUUCUCAUCUUUAAACGACAUCUUGUUGAUGCUUCUGGUAGGCUUUCCUCUUGGGUGGGUCACGAUUGCUGUCAAUGGAAAGGUGUUUCGUGCAACAACCGCACCGGUCAUGUGGUGAAGAUGGACCUCCGGAAUCCGUAUGAAGAGUGGGACAUGUAUGAAAAGUUUAGCUUGGGAGGUAAGAGAAAUGCUUCUCUGUUGAGCUUGAAACAUUUAAAUUACCUGGACCUAAGCUAUAAUGAUUUUCAUAGCAAUCAAAUUCCUAAGUUCUUUGGGGACCUUAAAACUCUACAAUAUCCCAAUCUCUCCUCUACGUCAUUUGGGAGAGAGAUUCCCCCUUCUCUUGGUAACCUGUCAAGCCUGAGUUUUCUUGACCUCAAUUCGAACUAUGACCUAACUUCCAGAAAUUUGAAUUGGCUUUCUCGCCUCUCUUCUCUAAAAUACCUUAAUCUUGGAAAUGUGAAUCUUAGCACCAUAGGAGUCAAUUGGGUGUAUGCUGUUAAUAUGCUUCCUUCAUUAGCAGAGUUACACUUAUCUUCAUGCCAAAUUGAAAGCAUUUCACUCUCACUGCAGAGCAUUAACUCGGCAUCACUUUUUAAUCUUACCAGCCUCAUAGCACUUGAUCUAUCCUUUAAUGAUUUCGGUGAUCCUUUCCCAAGUGAAUUUGCAAACUUCAAAUCUCUGGAAUACCUUGAUUUAUCUUAUACAAGCUUAAAAAGUCAAAUUCCUAAAGUCAUUGGAAAUUUGUGCAAACUAAAGGUCUUAAGCCUUUCUCACAACGAAUUUAAUGGGGGGAUAGAAGAGUUUUGGAGGAGUUUCUAUAAUUGUCCAAAUAUUGCAUUAGAGUCACUAGAUUUGGCUUACUGUGAGCUGGGAAGCCAAUUGCCAGUCUCCUUAGGAAUGUUUAAAAGUUUGCAGAAUCUCAAUCUUCAUCACAACAAUUUGCGGGGCUCAAUUCCAGAUUCCAUUGGAAAUUUGUCAUCCUUGGAAACUUUGGACCUCUCUUCUAAUAUCAUAAACGGCUCAAUUCCAGAUUCCAUUGGAAACUUAUCAUCCUUGAAAACUUUGGACCUUUCUUCUAAUUUUCUGAACGGCUCAAUUCCAGAUUCCAUUGGAAACUUGUCGUCCUUGAAAACUUUGGACCUCUAUUCUAAUUUUAUGAACGGCUUCAUUCCACAAAGUUUGGGACAACUCUCUCAGCUAGUUUCCCACCAUCUGUCUUCUAAUUUUUGGGAGGGCAUUCUAACGAAAGCCCAUUUCAUAAAUCUUACCCAGUUACAAGAUUUUAGUGUAGGAGACAAAAACCAGCCCAUCUCCCUCAUUUUCCACAUGGCUUAUGAUUGGAUUCCUCCAUUCAAGCUACACACAAUUAAUAUCAUAAACUGUCGCUACAAAAAAAAUGGUCAUUUGCUACCAACAUUUUCCGAGGACCUAUAAAUACCCUCGUAAAAAUUGCUAUUUCCGACCAAAAAUUAUGCUCCGUCAGAAAUAUGUCGACAAGAGGUUUACUAUUUUCAACACCCAAAAUGCCCUUGGAAAAGGGUUCCUUCGCCGUUGGAAAUAGCUAUUUUUUUGAGGGAAAAUUUGGAGCCACAUUUAUUUACGAAGAAACUUAUUUUCGUCGGUAAAGUAUUAUUUUUUCCAAGGGCAUGUUUUAGUUGUCGGAAGUAAUUGUUUAUUUCCGAGGGCAACAAGUGGUCGUCGGUAGUAAUUUCCCUAUUUUCGAUGAUGAUUAUUUGUUCUCGGAAAUGAUUGUGUAUUUGCGAGAGGAAGUAGAGGCCUUAAAAAAUAACCAUCUAUUUUGCGAGGGCAACCAAUGGCUCUCGAAAAUAGAUAUUUAUUUAUGAGGGCAUAUAGUUGUCGUUGAAAAAGAUCAUUGACUAGAAAAAAAAUAUUAGAUUGUGUGGUAUCCACUAGUGUAAAUAUUUUAAAUUGAAGAUCAAAUUAGUUCAUUGUAUUCUUAUAGGGAAAGGAGCAUAGUUGUAAAAAAAAAAUCA